AUGGACCAUCAUUACCUGUUUUAUCCAGAUUACGAUCCUAAUCCUCACUCCAAUGAAUUAAAGACGAUCAAUCGCCAGUGGACGAGGUACGAUGGAGACAGACUUAGAUGUACCACUGACCCAGCAUAUUUCCUCGGUAUACGGGACGGAGGAGAUGCGUUUGAUGCGUUAGUGUUAUCCGAAUCACUGGCGGAGAAAAUACAAAAUGCCUUAUGUAUCGCCCACUCGUACUGGACCACCCCGGAAAAGUACGCUGAGGAAGUGAAGGUCCGUUUUGAGAAUGAAGCAAGGACCGAGGCCUGGGAAGAGGAGCUGGAGCAUUUGAUCGAGGUUACAAAGAAGAGGAACUCGAUCGCCUGUGGACGCACGCUGGCCAGAUCCGGAGAUAUCGACCUGAGCAACUAUCUGGGCGGCGUACUGCGGGGCAGGGACGCCGAGAGCCGCGCGCUCACUCAAGAUCCAGAGACAGAAGACAUCGGAGCUCACGCCGCGGAAAUGGGCGGGAGGAUAGAUCACGAAGUCCCAAUCGUGCCCAACGUUCUCGUACUGAGUUUCGAUCCAGGUCUCAUUCUCGAUCACGAAGACAAGACAACAGGUCCAGGCAUCGUAGAAGAGAGCCUCAUACCCAUGAAAAUGGAAGGCAGGAACACUCCAAUGGGCGAAGUCGUGGACAACCUCGUCAUCGAUCUCAGUCCCGCUCACGGCCGCAAAGGCAUGACCGUAGACAACACCAUGACCGAGCUUCCGAGCAUUCACACGAUGGUCUUGCGAGUCCGCGUUCGCCGGUUUCAUCUCAUUCACAUGCUCAAAGUGACGCUGAACUGUGGCGCAUGGAGGAAUCCAAUUGCGAUACAUGCGACAUCACCCCAGCCCGUCUAG